AUGAGUACAGAAAACUUUCGUUUUUACAUCAAAACCCGUACUGCACUUAAUAUUCAAGCAAGAAUUAUUCAUGAUGAAUUGUAUUCUGUUUAUGGUGAUCAAGCUCCUUCUCUUAGAACAGUGGAAAGAUGGUCCAAGUUAUUUCGUGAUGGUCGAGAAGAACUUGAAGAUACAGCACGACCUGGUAGACCUAUCACUGAAACAACAUCUGAAAACAUCGAACAGAUUCGUCAGCUUAUCGAUGAUGAUCCUUAUCUUACAAUAGAAGAGUUACAAGAGCAAACUGAUUUAAGUUACGGUACGAUUCAUCGAAUCAUCACCAAUCAUUUAAACCUUAGGAAAAUUACCGCACGUUAUAUACCGAAAGAUCUUGCUGAUUUUCAACGGGCUGAACGAGUUCGAAUAUGUAAAGAAAACUUAUCAAAAUUUCAACAAGGAACAUGGCGAUUAUGUGACAUAAUUACUGGCGACGAAUCGUGGUUUUAUCAUAAACAGAUUGGUCGAAAGUCGUCAAAUGCAGCGUGGGUGAGAAGAGGAGAUCCUCCACCUACUGUAGUUCGUCAAAGUAAGUAUGUUCCAAGGACCUUAUUAGCCAUCUUUUUCAAGUCGAACGGUCCUCUGCUUAUUCAUCGUUUGGAACGAGGACAGACUAUGGACCAUCGUUAUUAUAUUGAUAAUUGUUUACGUCCUCUUAUCGAUGAAAUUAAACGUCAAAGACCUUCAUGUGGAACCCAUGACAUUAAAAUUCAUCAUGACAAUGGAAAACCACAUGUUCAUAGAGAUGUGUGUACUUAUCUUGAAUCAAAAGGUUUUACAAUUAUGCCACAUCCACCUAAUUCUCUGGACCUAUCUCCUUGCGAUUUUUGGUUAUUUGACUUAAUCAAAGAUAAUCUGUCUGAUCAAAGUGAUUCACAAUCAUUAUAUGACGCGGUGGUCAAUUUCAUGUAUUCUUUGAGUAACGAAGAAUACAAGAAAACCUUUGAAAAAUGGAUGGAAAGAAUGCAAUUAUGUAUAGAUAAUCAAGGUGGUUAUUUCGAACAUUUGAUAAAAUAA